AUGGAAGAGGUGAAGGAAAAUUCAGAUGUCGAAACCGGAUACUAUCUACCACAUCACGGUGUCUUACGUCCAUCAAACAAAACUACUAAACUUCGUGUAGUUUUCAACGCGAGUUCGAAAACUUCCAGUGGAUAUUCUUUAAAUGAUUUACUGUGCAAGGGAGGAGUACUUCAAGAAGAUCUCUUCUCGAUCCUAAUUAGAUUUAGAAAACACGCUUAUGCAUUUACAGCAGAUAUAAAACAAAUGUUCAGGAUGAUUGAGGUUAAUCCUUCGCAAACCAAGCUUCAAAGAAUUAUGUGGAAGAACAGUAAAAACGCGCCUACUAAAGUUUAUGAGUUGCGAACUGUAACAUACGGAACCGCAUCAGCUCCAUACUUAGCUACAAGGGUUCUGCAACAACUUGCCCUAGAUGAGCAGAAGGAUUUUCCUAUAGCGUCUAAGGCAGUACUUCAAGAUUUCUAUACGAACGACUGCCUCUCUGGUGCUCCAGAAGUUAGCGAAUUCGAAAAACUCAAAUCAGAAUUAACACAGCUGCUCCAACGAGGAGGUAUGACUUUGCACAAAUGGUGCUCUAACAAGGCAUCAUCAACUGAUUUUAAGGAAUUCUCGCUUGACCGAAAUUCUGAUGAAAUAAUGGUCAAAACUUUAGGAAUGCUUUGGAACAGUUUAACUGAUUCAUUUACGUAUAAGGUUACCACCAGCACAGAUUGCAACUACACCAAAAGAGAUGUACUUUCACAAAUAGCUCGCAUCUAUGACCCACUAGGACUCCUAGGACCUGUCAUUGCCAAAGCUAAAAUACUUAUGCAGCAAUUGUGGUUGCUUCAAUUGGACUGGAACGAAACACUACCUCCAGAUGUGUCCAAACAAUGGGAAAACUUCAUCAAAACUCUACCAGAUAUCGAAUCCAUUCAUUUUCCCAGAUGUUUCUUGGAAGUUAGUGCAAGGUUCGUAGUGUUACACGGAUUUGCAGACGCAUCUUCAAAGGCUUAUGGAUCAGUAAUUUACAUACAAAAUGCAUCUAACUCCAAUGAAGUAACUACCCAACUUCUUUGUAGUAAAUCGCGGGUUGCACCAACCAAAUCCAUGACAAUCCCUAGACUUGAGCUUUGCUCCUGUCUACUCCUCUCAAAACUUACACAAAGGGUCAUAGCUGCAGUAAGACUCGAAAUACACUCAGUUAUAUUAUAUUCAGAUUCAGCGAUAGCCCUAGCAUGGAUAAAUUCUCCUUCUAAUUUGCUCAAAAUAUUUGUAAGCAACCGAGUGUCUCAAAUUCAGCAACUAUCCAAAGAUUUCCAAUGGAAACAUAUUCCAUCAGAGCUUAACCCCGCAGACUAG